AUGGUGAAGAAAAAUGAUGCCAAAAAACAUCUGCAAGUGAAGAACUGUGAACUUUUCCUGAGCAAACAAAUACAAGUAUUGGCUUUCAAUCUAAUUUUGCCAUAUCCUUCUUCACAGCUUCCUGUUAUGGGAGGAGCCUUUAUGGACUCACCAAAUGAGGACUUUAGUACAGAGUACUCCUUGUUUAACUCCUCAGCCAAUGUCCAUGCAGCUUCUUCCAUGCAGAAUCCACCCGAAGAGACAUCCCGGUCUUCAAACGAUGCCAUAUUGUUAUGGAUUGCAAUCAUAGCAACAAUUGGAAAUAUUGUGGUUGUGGGAGUGGUGUAUGCCUUCACCUUCUAGGAUGUCUGUCACUCUGAACACUGGAAGAGAGGAUAACUGCAACAGUAUUUGUCAUGUGUAUGUAUGUACGUGUGUAUAUAUACAUGUAUAUCUAUAUAAAUACGUAUAGGUAGGGACUUUGUUGAU